AUGGCUGCUGUAAGUGAGUAUUCAAUGUCUACCGCCGAUCGUGAAUUUUUACGAAAGAAAACAGAGUAUUUGACAAAAAACUUGCUGGUGGAUGAUGUUUUUCCGUUUAUGACAGAAAUUUUCGAUCAAAAUUCCGAGGAUUUGAUAAGAGCAGAACCAACCCCGCGAAAGAAGAUCAUAAAAUUCCUUGAUUUGUUAUCACGGAGAGGAGCAAAAGCUUUUAAUGCUUUCCUGGUUGCAACAUACCAAGUUCAAGAAUAUAUUGCACGUGAGUUAGCUGAGGAGAGAGGAGUUAAAUUGGUUGACAUUCUGCUGAAAGGUCUGUAUUGAUGACAACAUGAAUGUGGCAAUAUGCAUUUUACUAUACGGGGGUUGGGUCUUGGCUACCAAUGGCCAAUGGGUGCCGGGGUUGACUCACAGGCGUGUAGUGCAGGUGACGUUGAUAAACUUGGCAUCUGGUUUUGUAAUCUAUUUAAUAUAAACACUCUAGCUACCAUUCACUGUCACCCGAUAUGACAUGGCCACAUGAAGCUUUAAUGCUUUAAUGAAAUACUCCUAAAACAGUAUUAUACUACACUAGGAGGAAGCGCAUGAGAUUUCGAAAUCACAUGAUUUCAGGGCUGUAAAUAAACAUUUGACUUGACAGGACAUUUGUCCGAUCACUUUUAAUUUUGGUCGGACAUAACGUGAAUUUAGUCGGACAAAAACCAACAUCACUAAAUUUAGUUGGACAUAUAUAUGUCACAAGAUAUAUAUAAGUCACAGGACAAGUAUGUAUAGCCAUUCCGGCGCAACGUUAAGUAAAAUGCUAGAAUGCCUCGUAAAUUUUAUUGCAAAAUACAAAUUGAGUGAAUUUGCAAUCGGAUUUUGUCUCAGCAAAAAAUGUAUACCGUAUUUACUCGUUUAAGCGCCGCGGCACUCUUUAAAUUUUUAGAGCUUCAGAUGCGGCGCUCAUUCGGGGGCGGCGCUCAAUCGGGGGCGGCGCUCUUUAAAAAAUAUUUUAUUUCUGAAUUAUGACAAGAACAUUUAACUAUAAAAUAGACAAGUUUUAAAAGGUUUUUGUUACGAAAUGCCCCAAUUUUGACGCGGAAAGUUUUUACACUGUUUAGUGCGGCGCUCAUUCGAGGGCGGCGCUCUUUAAAAAAAAUUGAUCUCAAAUGCGGCUCUCAUUCUGGGGCGGCGCUCAAUCGGGGGUGGCGCUCAAUCGGGGGUGGCGCUUAAUCGAGUAAAUACGGUAAUGAGCCAAAAAUAAAAAUCACUUUUGCUCGGACAUUUGCUAAAUUUAGUCGGACAUUGUCCGAUGUCCGACAGUAAUUUGCAGCCCUGUGAUUUCUAACCUGAUUUCUGUUGAUUUCUAAACAGAUUUCUGUUCAUUUAUAAUCUAAUUUCUUGAUUUCUAAUGUGAUUUCUAACCUGAUUUCCUGAUUUCUGUGGGUGAAGUGACCGCUGUUUUAUAGACUGUGGGCUCAAUAACAAAGUUGUGAGUGAUUUCUGGGGAAGUACUUUAUGUACAUGCCUAUUAUAAGGUCCCAAAAAUGACAAGAGGGAGGGACAGUAUAUGUAUAUAUCAGUCUAAUGCAACCUGAUGCAGUCUAAUGCACUCUGAUGCAGUCUGAUGCACCCUGAUACAGUCUAAUGCAGUCUAAUGCACUUUGAUGCAGUCUAAUGCACCCUGGUGCAGUCUAAUGCAGCCUAAUGCAGUCCAAUGCACCCUGAUGCACCCUGCUGCAGUCUAAUGCAGCCUGGUGUAGUCUAAUGCACCCUGGUGUAGUCUAAUGCACCCUAAUGCAGUCUAAUGCAGUAUAAUGCACCCUGAUGCAGUCUAAUGCAGGGUAAUGCAGUCUAAUGCAGUCUAAUGCACCCUGAUGCAGUCUAAUGCACCCUGAUGCAGUCUAAUGCACCCUGAUGUAGUCUAAUGCAGCCUGAUGCAGUCUAAUGCACCCUGAUGUAGUCUAAUGCAAGCUAAUGCAGUCUAAUGCACGCUAAUGCAGUCUAAUGCACCCUGAUGUAGUCUAAUGCACCCUGAUGCAGUCUAAUGUACCCUGAUGCAGUCUAAUGCAGCCUGAUGCAGUCUAAUGCACCCUGAUGCAGUCUAAUGCACCCUGAUGCAGUCUAAUGCUGCCUAAUGCAGUCUAAUGCACCCUGAUGUAGUCUAAUGCAGCCUGAUGUAGUCUAAUGCACCCUGAUGCAGUCUAAUGCACCCUGAUGUAGUCUAAUGCAGCCUGAUGCAGUCUAAUGCACUCUGAUGUAGUCUAAUGCACGCUAAUGCAGUCUAAUGCACGCUAAUGCAGUCUAAUGCACCCUGAUGUAGUCUAAUGCACCCUGAUGCAGUCUAAUGCACCCUGAUGCAGUCUAAUGCACCCUGAUGUAGUCUAAUGCAGCCUGAUGCAGUCUAAUGCACCUUGAUGUAGUCUAAUGCACCCUGAUGUAGUCUAAUAUAGGGUAAUGCACCCUGAUGCAGUCUAAUGCACCCUGAUGCAGUCUAAUGCACCCUGUUGCAGUCUAAUGCAGCAUGAUGCAGUCUAAUACAGGGUAAUGCACCCUGAUGCAGUCUAAUGCAGCAUGAUGCAGUCUAAUACAGGGUAAUGCACCCUGAUGCAGUCUGAUGCAGUCUAAUGCAGUCUAAUGCACCCUGAUGCAGUCUAAUGCAGACUAAUGCAGCCUGAUGCAAUUUAAUGCAGUCUAACGCAUCCUGAUGCAGUGUAAUGCAGUCUAAUUCACCCUGAUGCAGUCUAAUGCAGCCUGAUGCAGUCUAAUGCACCCUGAUGCAGCCUAAUGCAGUCUAAUGCUGUCUUAUGCACCCUGGUGCAUUCUAAUGCACCCUGAUGUAGUAUAAUGCAGCCUGAUGCAGUCUAAUGCACCCUGAUGCAGUCUAAUGCACCCUGUUGCAGUAUAAUGCACCCUGAUGCAGUCUAAUGGACCCUGAUGCAGACUAAUAUACAAAUAAUGAAUGUUUAUGAGUGCAAUGGUAAGAAUAUUUUCAUGAGGUGAAAGAUGGAAUGUUCCAUUCAACGAGGCGACAGCCAAGUUGAAUGGAACAUUCCAUCUUUCACCGAAUGAAAAUAUUCUUACCAUUGCACGAAGAAACAUUCAUUAUUUGUUUUAUAUAAUACCAAAAGUCUAGAACAGACUAAUAGAUUCGUAUGAGAAGCAUUUUGCGGGAUGCGAUUUAUCGAAAACACAAAGAGUGCAAUUGUAUUAUACGUUUUAUUCCAUUGCACUCGCGGAGAUUCCAUUGCACUCUUGGGAAAUGGAAUUUUCUAUUCAAUAUCACGUGACCAUAAACAGCCAAUUAAACGAUUAGAAUUUAAUAAGGUAUUAUAUAAUACAGUCUAAUGCACCCUGAUGCAGUCUAAUGCAGCCUGAUGCAGUCUAAUGCACCCUGAUGCAGUCUAAUGCAGCCUGAUGCAGUCUAAUGCACCCUGAUGCAGCCUGAUGCACCCUAAUGCAGUCUAAUGCACCCUGAUGCAGUCUGAUGCACCCUGAUGCAGUCUAGUUUCCAACAAAAGAAUUAAGGGCAAGAGACCUUAAAGAAACCCUUUCAGUAUUUUUAUGUCCUUCAUAUUAAAUGUUUUUAGAGCAAUCAAAAACAGCAGCAGGUAAAAGUGACAUGAAAGACGUUCAUCGUCAAAUUUUAAGGCAAUAUUUGCCUGAGUUCCCAAAGUUGGACGUCGAGAAAAUGCUUGCAAGUCUAAAGGAAGCAAAUAUUGUGAAGCUAGAAAGCCAAUGUCAAGCAAUAUUGGAAAAACAAACAAACAGAGAGCGAGUCACAAAACUGUUUGAGUUGCUGCCAAAAUUAGGGCCCAAAGCAUUUGAUGUUUUCUUCAAUGCUCUGAAAAUUAAUCAACCACAGUUGUAUCAUGAUGUUAAACAGAAAAUAAAACGUAAGUGAAAUUAACAUAGUUACAGGUAAAUUUAAAAUUGGAUAUAUUUACUCUAUUAUUUCUAAAGGUAAUACAUGGCAAUCAUAGCAUAUUUUGCCAUACUCUAUUUUUAGGAAGUCACCCAGAUAUAUUCCAAGGUGAUGGUAAAUGCUAUCCAGAAUCUUCAAGUGUUGUAGCUAUGGAAGUCAGUCAGAAUUGUAACUUGUCAACACCAUGUUCUGAAUUGCCUGUGGAUGUUUUGGGACUUGUAGAGGAGUAUUUAAAUAAACCUAAUGAAGUGUUAGAAAAUGAUUGGAAAAGGUAAUUAGUAGGGAUGUGCUGGACCUGGAUACCAGAAUUUGAUAUGUCCGGCAAAAUAUAAACAUCCAACACUAUCCAGUUAAAAUUUGCAUCAAAUUGCUUGACAGAGGUGGGAAUCUAACCCAUGGCUCAUGGAAUCCUAGUUGUACAGUAGAUCAUACUAGCAAACCAUAAGUUGGGGGUUGGACUUAGGCGUAAAAAAAAAUACCUGUGGUUCCGGUUUCAUAUUGUGAAAAAAAUUAGGGUCGGUAGGUUGGAAAUAAUUUUUUUUAAAUAUUUUUUUCAUGGUUUCUUCAAUAAUUAGUGUGACAACAGACGCCGCUUUGGCAGCAGCCCACAACCACCCGGAAAAAAUAGGGUGCACGGUCAAUCGCAUUGAAAAAAUAAUAGGGUCACGCCUUAGCCUUACUGUGUCAGGUUUUCAAGCAUAGAGCCUGAUAUGCAGGCUAGGUUGGACUAACAAGCCAUAAGUUUCUUGGACUAGCAAGCCAUACAUACUGUAGGUUGCAAGUUUAAUUCCUACUGUGGUCAAGCAAUUUUUCAGCUUGCCCCGGUGUGGAAACACUCAGACAAAAUUUGUCACGAGUUCAAUGCCACAACCAUCAGGGGUCGGUUCAUUGGAUGUUUUCAUCUCACGUUUCUGAGCAUCCAAAUUUGCUCAGUGGUCAGAGCUUGGUCCUCUAAAUCAAAUCAAAUCAAAUUUAUUUCGUCAGGGUAGUCACGUCAGUUCAGAAGAACUGGCAUCAAUGUGAAGUAGAACACCUUGGCCGUUAGGUUCCUGGUUGGGACUUUCAGUGCUUAUAAUUGACUCUAUUUCAAGGUUCUAUAAAGUGUUGAAACUACCAGAAGGAAAAGAGAAUGGUAUAGCAGAGAAUCAAAACAACCCUACAAGAUUUGUGAUGAAUAUUUGGAUUGAUAGAGAUGGCAGGCUGGCGACAGUCAAGAAAUUGCUCGAGGCAUUAAUGGAAUGUGGACAGGGUGGUCUGGUUCAUAAAAUUGAACGGAUGUUAUGUGUUGAAUUGAAGCACAACUAUGACAUUGCUGAUGGUGUUGAAAACAUGCAUGUGGACGAAGAAAAGAAAAGUAAGCACUGUAUAUUUCUUAUAUUUCUUGCUACUGUCUCAUAAAUUUCUACAUGGCUUACAGGGUGCGAUAAUUCAAGAUCUUUAGUCGUACCGGAGCAAGGGUCAAAAUAACUUUUUAAUAAUAUGACCUGUCAAAUUUGUAUGACGGCGGACAUAGUGACCGACAACAUUUUGGCUCAGAGAGCGAGAUUGAUUUUUGCGUUUUUGUGGACCUGUUACAGUACAUUAAUUGAAUUGAUUUGAUUGUGGACCCGUUACAUCUACAUAUUAUGUAAGGAUUUUUUCGUAUUAAACUUUUUAUUCGAAUUCAAGUUUUGACGAAGAUUAAAAUAUGACGAAGUUUAUAUUUAAAACUUUAAUUGUGUUAUAAUUAUACUGCGUGCAUCUCGGCAUCAACAUGAAGUUGAGAGCGUCGCCAGCUGAAAUUUGAUCGUUGCGAAAUACAUCGAGUGUGAGCAAUGCGUUGCAGGGAGGCGAGUAUUCGCGUGUGAGCAAUGCGUUGCAGGGAGGCGAGUACUGCGCUCUGUAAUGAUAUUGGGGAGUUCUUCGUGCGAAAGGUCUCUAAGAUUCGCUCUGAUGUGGAUCGGCCUGUUCUUGAUGAAGAAUCAUGUGCUCCUGUACCCAGUGAUCGUUGCGUGCCAUCUGAUGGUAGUGUUACCCUGGAGUCGUUCCGUUUGCUCAGUGAAGAGGAAGUUCGAGCUCUGGUUAUUGCCUCACCCAAGAAGUACUGUGACUUGGAUCCAAUGGCAAUGCCAUUGGUGAUUGAUUGUCUGGAAUUGUUACUACCUAUAAUUACUCAUCUAGUCAAUAGUUCGCUUAUCAAUGGAUAUUUUCCAACUGAUUGGAAAGAGGCUCUAGUAAAACCCCUUCUAAAAAAACCAGGACUAGCUGCUUUGUUCAACCAUCUGCGUCCGAUCAGUAACUUGCAGUUUAUCUCUAAACUAGUUGAGCGAGCAGUUUAUGAUCAGAUCUAUGACCAUUUGAUGUUGCAUGAUUUAUUCCCGGAGUAUCAGUCCGCAUACAGGCAAGGAUAUAGUACUGAGACCGCCCUUCUGAAGGUCCAAAACGACAUACUUUUGAAUAUGGAUUGUCAGCAGGUUACCCUUCUUGUUCUUCUGGACCUUAGUGCAGCGUUCGAUACUGUCGAUCACAGCAUUUUAUUGCACCGAUUGGAAACAUCUUUUGGGAUUACAGGAACUGUGCGAAAGUGGUUUGAAUCCUACCUAUCUGGACGAUGUCAGCGAAUAGCAUUUAAAGAUGGAAUCUCUGACAUUUUUCCAUUAACGUGUGGCGUACCUCAGGGAUCAUGUUUGGGACCGCUGCUUUUUACCAUGUAUGCAAGUAAACUAUUUGAUGUUAUUAAAGAACAUUUACCAACUGCGCAUGCAUAUGCUGAUGACACGCAGCUUUAUUUGUCGUUUAAACCAGGGAACGGUGCGAGUGAGGAAGAGAGUAUCGCAGCGAUGGAGACAUGCAUUAAGGCAGUACGUACGUGGAUGACUAAGGACAAAUUGAAACUGAAUGAUAGUAAGACUGAGUUUUUGAUUAUCGGUACAAGGCAACAAUUAAAAAAAGUGAACAUUGUCUCGCUUCCUGUAGGCGAUGUCAACAUUACACCGGUAGCAUCUGCUAGGAAUUUGGGGACUGUGUUUGAUAGCAAUCUGUGUUUGGUACCCCAUAUCAACAAUACAUGUAGACAAGCAUUUUUCCACCUACAUAAUAUUCGCAGAAUUAGAAAAUAUCUCUCCGUUGACGCAACUAAAAUCUUAGUCCAUGCCUUUAUCAUGGGAAGAGUGGAUUAUUGUAACAGCCUUCUCUAUGGUCUUCCAGCAAAGUCUGUAAAUAAGUUACAACGUGUACAGAAUGCGGCAGCCCUGCUGGUUUCCGGUGCUUCUCGUUUCAAUCACAUUAUUCCAGUUUUAUAUGAGCUCCAUUGGCUGCCUGUCAAGGAGAGAAUAAUCUUUAAGAUAUCUGUAUUGACUUUUAAAGCAAUACAUGGAUUAGCGCCAUCAUACAUUAGUGAAAUGGUAACAGUUAUGAGACCAAGUAGCUAUCAGCUGCGCAGAAAUAAGGAACUAUUGAUAGAGCCAGCUAAUAACAGAAAUACGAAGAAGACUUUAGGUGAUAGAGCUUUUAGUUUUGCAGCUCCUACAGUUUUUAAUGCCUUGCCGCAUUUUAUCAGACGAGAUAGUAAUUUUAAUAGCUUUAAGUCUUCAUUGAAAACAUAUCUUUUUCAAAUUGCAUAUUGUACAUAGAUUUAUCCGCUUAUUUUAGCAUAUGUAAAUAUUAUUACUAUUACUAUAUCUUUGUUACGCGCAUUUGAUCAUAUUCUCAUGUAAAUUUGCGCGAUAUAAAUAUUAAAUUAUUAUUAUUAUUAUUCGUGGGGUCUCGUGGGAGUUGACCGGUCAGAAAUCGCAUUUGACCGGUCACAACUGGAACUGACUGUUGUAACGUGCAAUGUUUGCCAUCUGCGUACUUACAUUUUGCUGGUACCACACAACCUUUCCAAGCCCAAUUCAAUACCAUAACUUAGUUGGUAAAUGUGUAAGUCUGGUAUGUCUUGGCAUGAAUCAUAAUUAGGACCACGGUUAGGACUGAUCGCACUAACAAGUAGCCCACGGUGUAGACCCCAGCAUGCUGGGAUCUACACCGUAGGCUAACUAACAAGUCAAUUGUUUGUAUGUUUUUGUAUGGGCAAUAAAUGGACCUUUCCCUUUCUAACUAAAAUUUUGAUCUAGACAAAAAUUUCAUCACAGCUUGAAAGAGCAUCACAAAAUUAGUAAUAUUCCAAAGUUUCGUUGCGAAAUGUUGUAAAAUGCGGAUUAUAUAGCCUUGCGAAGUUUGCCAUUUUUCAGUCAUUUUGUAUUACGCACGGGAAAUUGACAGCCCAAUCGGGUAUUGGGGCAUCAAUUUCCCGUUUGUAAUACAAAAUGACUGAAAAUUGCAAAUUUCGCAAGGCUAUAUUAUCCGCAUUUUAGAACAUUUCGCAACGAAACUUUGGAAUAUUACUAAUUUUGUGAUGCUCUUUCAAGCUGUGAUGAAAUUUUUGUCUAGAUCAAAAAUUAGUCUAUAAUGCAAAUGGUCCAUUGUGCUUCUUGUUCUAACUUGUAGUUUGAACACCUUUCAGUACUUUAUGUAUUUAUUUUAAGACCAAGUACACAUUGAGUAUUGAGUUUGUACGCGGCAACAGUAGAGUUCGCGCACCUAAAGCGGUAAUUUGUUGAAUCGGGUGGUCGGAAAAAGUAUAUUCGCAGGCUAAAACCCCUAUAGAGAUGCCUGCGGACUAGAAUUAAAAUAAAAUCUACACUCAUGUUUAGACUAUCCACGAGUAUAUCCAUCAACGUUUCUCUUAUAGACGAAGCAAUACGGAUAGUCAAAUACAUCCCACAAGUUUUAAAAGCUCCGUUUAUCAGCCGUCUAAAUGGCUUGCAACAAGGUGUUCUUUCAGAUGUUGCAUCUGCUGUUAAAGAAGAAAGAUGCGACGUUCUUAAUGCCGAGGAUUUCUUGGAAAAAUUAGGCGAACAGAAGAUGAGAAUUCUUUUCAGAGAACUUCGUAAGGCGAAACAAUGUGAAAUUACAAAGUGGAUGAGAAAUAAAUUUCCAGCGGGCAGCACUGGUAGGUUUUGAGGGUGGUAGCAGAUUAUUUUUACGUCAUUACAUGAAUUCUUUAUUAUUAGCAUGACAAAAUUACUGGAUGCUGAUUGGUUGAGAGGAGUACAAUUAUUUCAUUAAUUGUACUGCAGUACAAUUAAUGAUUUUCCCAAAACAAACAAAAUAGCGGAAAGGUAUUUAAACACAAAUGAAAUUGUCGUAGAGGAACUUAAAGCAAAAGAAAUGAAAAUACGAACAAAAGCAGGCAGUCUGGUUGAAAAGGUGGACUUCGAUGAUCUUGUUUCUUGCACUUCACUUGGUGGUAUUACUAUUAGAAUGCUGUUUUUAGGGUUCGUAAUCCAAGUGAGUAUAUAUACACUUUAAGACCUGACCAGGAACGACUGUGAAAAAUGCAGCACAAGGUCCUCUGGUAGGAAUUGAACCUACGGCCCUGCGAUUCUCGUGCAGCGCUCUAACCAACUGAGCUACAGAUGCCGGCUGUAGAGCUGUAACCGUAAACUCAUGUUAGUCAUGUAUAUAUAGGUGUGCGGGUUGUGAUAAGGUGGACUUCAAUGAUCUUGUUUCUUGCACUUCACUUGGUGGUAUUAAUUCCGUAGGUUCAAUUUCUACCGGAGGAACUUGUGCUGCAUUUUUCGCAGUCGUUCCUGGUCAGGUUUUAAAGUGUAUAUAUACUCACUUGGAUUACAAACCCUAAAAACAGCAUUCAGUCUGUUUGAAAGUCUGGCAGGACUGGCUUUGGCGAGAGAAUAUGAUGUUGACAGUGCGAAUUAUCCAAUUUUGUCAUGCUAACAAUAAACAAGUAAUCCGGCGGCAAUUUUGGCAAAAUUUCCAAACAUCACUCGUACUAUUAAUCCCUAAUUGUAUGAGCAACAUCGCAUUUUAAUUUUAAUCAAGGCCCUGUUAAAAGUGAUGAUGAAUUAAGACCAGCUGAAAUGAAUUAUGGUCGUCGGAAAGAAGUCACUGAUGCCCUUACUGGUAAGUUUGUCUGGUUUGACUCCGUGGUCUCCUGGAGGUUCAGUAGGACGGCAACGCGACGGCGACGGCCAAAACAAACUCCUUCAAAUAAAUGGUAGUAAAGAUAGUUCGUCGUAUAUUAUCAAUCGUAUGAAUUUAAUACAGUCUUAGAAGUUGAAGACAUUGGUUUUAUGGUUGGGAAGAGUUCUGCUAAACCCAGUUUGAAGCUGCACUUCUGUGCCGGAUUUGGCGUUGUAAACAGAGCGAGGACAAUGUAUUAUUUGUAUUGGUAGCCGCUGCCGUCGUGUUGCCGUCCUAAAAUCGUAAGGUUUCUAGUAACCUUGGGCACUCCCCUGUGGGUCCAAAGUUAUUGCAGGGUUUUGUACAUGACCGACACAACUCGGCCCCAGAGCUGGCAGAGCAUCCCCCCCCUACCAGAUCAUGCUGGAUCCAUCCCUGAGGAUUUUGCAGACGGAAAUUUCGAGUGUCAAUUUUAUACAUUUAUAGUAAAGCGCGUGUACUAGGGAGAGCCAAUAGGAACUCUCCAAGCUAUAAACAUUGCAAGACAAGUUGCACGAAGCCAUGUUACACGCAGCAAUGCUAAAAAUAAUUAGUGCAAUCGUUGCCAAAAGUAGAACCGACUUCUACUCUGUGCAAUGCUUCAUGCAACUUGUCUCGCAAAGAUUUUGACCAUUGCAAGGCAUGUUAACAAUGACUCGUGCAACUUGUCUCGCAACGCCAUUGCGAGACAAAUUGCAUGAAAAAUUGCACCGUGUAACAGGGCCUUACGAUUCCCUCGCAACGCUCCUGACAUUUUACCCAGAUACUAUCUUCAGAAGACUUUCUAACAUUUUUUCUUCUGUAGCUAAAGGAUACUGGAGGGAGCUGGCAAGCCACGACGAUAUAAAUAUGAGUGCAACUCAAGUUGCUUUGUUAGAGCGAUUAAGUGCCAGUAAAGAUCCAUCUGAUUGUGUGUUGUCAAACUGGGAAGUUAGUAGAAGGUCAACAGUCGGUACAAUGUACGAUUUACUCGUUGAUUGUGGUUUUAAUUAUGUUGCCGACCUCCUUUAAGGCUAUGACAAAGAAUGUGUAGGACGGCAUGGAGGGCAGUAAAUAUGAACAGUAAAGCUAUUUACAUUGUUCCGAUUUGCACGAACGUUUUAGUUCAUCUUUGUAUAUAACCGUAUAAACACGGUACACAAACGAAUUAUCCGUCCAGACCAUAGAUAUCUUAUAUGCACUAGAUAGUGCAUCUAAUUAUUCUGCAAUUCAAAAAUUGAAUCCGUGAUUGCAGACUCAGGAUACUCCCAUGAAAUGAGAAGACUCGUAUGUUUUCUAUCUCUUAAACAGGGAACAUAAACAUUAAGUUAAACCUAUUCCAAAUACAUUUUCAAACUGUCCAAAUGAUGAAAGUUAUUGUUGUUUUUUAAGCGUUUAUUAGCGAGUGGGAAACUCCAACAUGGCAGCCAUCUAUUCAAAUGGGGGUAACCGCUGGAAUAUUCUUGGCUUCAAUUUUACUUAAAGAGAUGCGCUAUCUAGUGUAUAUAUAAGAUAUCUAUGGUCCAGACCAACUAUCUGUCUAGUUCAUCUAUCCAGACCAUUCAAUGAUCCAGACCAACUUGCAUAUACGUAGUUUGCCUAGGCCGAUGAUUCGUCUACCAGUAUAAAUCCGGUAUUAAAAUGCCGUUGCCAAUCUACAGCACAUCACACUAUUCUCCCUGGUGUGUUUACAAGAAGUAAUCUUGAACUGUCUGUGCCAGUGUAUGUGCCAAUAAUAAGAAAGGUUCAGAUUCAUAGGGAUGCAACUAUCUGAAAACUGAUACAAGGAGGACUUCGACGUUUCGUGCGAAGGCCCCAGGGACGUGCUGGGAUCUUGAAAAGGACGACGAUUGAGCAACGUCUGAUGGGGGCCACGCCCAGUGACGGAUAGAUCAAGAUUGGGGUGGGGGUAUUAUUGAUCAAACAUGAAACAUUUCAGUCGCCGAUUAAUCUUUUUCCCCCAAAACAAUUUCCGGACAUAUACCAUUUUUCAGUAACUUUCCAAUUAAUGUACCGUACUUUGUUAAAAUUUUCGGUGAUAUUUUCGUGGAUUUAGGUUUUUAAAAUAUCAAUUGUAAUAUCUUAAUCUUGAUUUAUAAAAUUAGAAUCUAUAUUUUUUAUCUUUUUCAAUGUUCAAUGUUUUAAUUUUAGGGGCCCAUGAUGGCAGGGGCCCACAACAAGUUCUCGUCCCUAGCCAGUACGUCCCUGUAGGCCCUUCGUUGGGACGUUAGAGGACUAGACUUGCUCCAAGUCUCUCUUUCAUUGUCAUAUCGAUCCACUAUAGUGUACAUUACAUGACGUAGCCCGGAGAGGCGGAGCGAGAGAGAGACUUGUCAACUUCGGAAAAUCUCGGUUCAAAACUGAACCGAAAAUACAAGACUUACUUUAAUUGUUCUCCUUCAAUUUCUUUCUGUAUUAUUUACUAUAAUGGAACUCAUGUUAUUUACACUGUGCUAGAUCAAUACAUAUAAACACUGACAGAAAACAAUUAAAGCAGGUCUUGCACUUUCGGUUCAGUUUUGAACCGAGAUUUUCCGAAGUUGACAAGUCUCUCUUUCUCGCUCCGCCCCUCCGUACUACGUCAUGUAAUGUACACUAUAUUGGAUCGAUACUAUAUGACAAUAAAGAGAGACUUGGAGCAAGUCUAUUAGAGGACUGGCUACUGGCUUUCGCUUUUGGGUUUUUGCUCGGAACGUCGAAGUUCUCCUAGCUUGUAUUUUUCAGUUAGUUGCACCCUAUCAGCCCGAAGCUUUCUUGUUUACAAGAUGACCUAUUCAUGACGAAUUAUGUCAGAGGCAUUAUUGAUAUGCGUUUCAGGUGACUCUGAUAAUCCGUUAUUACAUCAUUUCGUAUUAUUUGUAAUUACUACGAUGAGUUUAGACAAUUACCAAAGAUUUCGAUACGUUUAUGUGUAGUGAUUACACUUUAAUUAUGUUUCCUGUGCGCAGUAGCAGAUAUGCCCAAAAACGUAUGCUUGCAUAUGCUGCAAUCAUUUUCAAGAGUGGUUGGGGCACUUGCGGUGUUAGAUCCUCAGUCGGGAUAUAUGCAAAUUAUAACAAACAUUCAGCAUAUCUCCCCCCCCCCCCCCGAUUCGAUGUUGUUUACCCGAUCAUCCACCAAAGUAAGAUGCUAACUGGGGGGGGGGGGGUCGAAGUUUGUCAAAAUAAUUUAUAGUUGGAGCAUUUGUCGCAACAUAUUUGACAAUGAUUGUAGCUAUUUCUAAUUAAUCUCUUUAAUUAAGAAUUUUUUAUAGGAAUGUAAAUAAUGAACGACAUGUUGAAAACAUGGGCAGUCAAAUGAAUUUUUAAUAAAGUGUAACUGUUUACCAAAGUGUGGUGGUUUAUUUGUUUAUUUAUUUACCACAACAGUAUGGUACCAAUUACUGUGGGCCGUUACUCACUACUGAGAUUAAAAAAUGCUUGCCUUUGAAGCUGGAAGACUCGGGUUCUUAAAAUAAUUGAGAAGAAAGUGCUAACUUUACAUUGACAUCAGUGAAUGGUUGGUUAGACUUUCGCGUCGUAUGUACAUCGGAUUCCCUUUCGAUUGGGCAAUAGCCAGACUAGCCAGUUGGGAAGUCCACUCAAUAAACUAGAUGAAUUUCAGCGCAGCAGACGGUUGCAAACUUUAGAAAAGUGUUGGACUAAAUUUUAACACCAAAUAACAAGACUGGUACAUUUAAUGAAAAGAUUGCUGUAACAUUAUUUAAUUUCUCGGGGGCGCUAAAAAGAGUAAAUAAUGUCGAAGCGCGUGGUGAAAAGACUGGCGCGAGAAAUUGAAAUCGACUCGUAACAACAAACAAAUUUCAAAAAUUUUGUCCACAAAACAUGAUUAUGGCGUGGAAAAUUGAUCUUAAAGAUUUCUUAUUUCUCCUUUCUCGAUAAGUUUUGCAAGUUUAGUCAUAUUGUGAUUGAUUCUGUCAAGUUAACAAAGGUUUAAAGAUGAACGUUUGGUCCAUUUGAGUCAUUUUGACAUUUCUAUAUAUGCAUAUAUGUGUGAUGUUUUGUUGCAACAAGCUUGGCUUAUAAAACAGACGAUUUGCUAGAACAAGGAAGAUUGAUUUGUGUGUUAAUAUAUAUGGAAUUUGAGUUCGAUGUGAACAAAGUACUGCCAAAUACUAUAACGUUUGUGGACUGUAAACGAUCACCAUUUGCAAAGCAUGCCAGGGAGUAAGUAUAUAUUACAUUUCUGAGUUAAAUAUUAACCUAUUCAUAGUUUGCAAUGCACCCUGGUUUGACUCACUCACAUUGUGGGUGAUGGGUUAGGGUGAAUGUUAUUUUAGAGGUUACAAAACCGGAUGCCAAGUUUAUCGACAUGCAUCACCUGCAACCAGACUGCAAAGUUGGUCAGUGUUGCCCCCCCCCCGAGAUUUUUUAGAUUAAAGUUUUAGUGCCCCUGGGAAGUGUUUGAUAUAAACAAUUCAAACUCAAGUCUGCCCCCCCCCCCCACCUUGGUGGCACCACUGGUCUGAUGCUAGAUGAUUUUACUUGUCAAGAAAACCUGUGACCACAGCCUCUUUGCUAUGAUCGCUUUUUUGAUGACCAAACUGUCUGCAAUUGUGGGCCAAAAUCAGUAUUUGGUUGUCAAAUAAUGACCCCUUGCAUUCUCAUCUUUGCUAUAGGGCAAUGAUUCAAUCCCCAUCCUAGGGUUUAACGUUUAGCCUGUCUCACUUAUAGUGUGAAGUCACUCCGCAAGCAACUUGACAAAAUCAUUGAUGCCUUGGGUGCUGCAUCAUCAAAGGCAAGAUCAUGAGUUAAUUCUGCAAUGACUUCAUUAUCAUGUGCAACUUUACUUGUUCACAAUCACACUAAACCUUCAUCUGUAUAUUUUCUUUAGGCACAAGGCUUGCACACUGUCAUCACAACUGCAGCUAAACUACAGUACUCUGAUCAUGAGUUGUACAUUCUUAAAGAUGCUACUGCUAAUGAGUAAGAAAACUGAGAAAUAUUAGUUUGUCUAAUGAUCUAUAAAGUCUUAACCAGAUGUUGUGCCUUAAGGCUUAUAUCUAGUAUGCUUAAAUUUGCUUCAUAUAAUAUAUUAUUUUAAUUUAUUAUUACUAAUCAGAGGUCGUGGUGCAGCUGUUGGAAUGAUAAAAGUUGGACGUAAAACACUUUUCUUGUUGGUAUGAAAUGCGAUUGUGUAUCAUAAUUUUUAGAUAUUUAAUUUGAAUCCCCAGGAACCCAACUGUGGUAUUACUCUUUGGCCACUGUUGGGCAAAAGCCAGGAAGCCAAGGAGUCAUGAAUGUUGACAAUCGAUGGACCAGUGCUCUCUUCUUGAUGAGUAAAAUCGUUUGGCAUUAGACAGAAUAAAAUUUAUUAAAUACUAAAGUAUGGGACACUUCAGGGUGCAUUAAUUACCACUGAAAGGUAUGUAGAUGGAAAGAUGGUAGAUGAAAAUUUAUGUACAGUUUUAGACCUUCUGAAGGAGAGCAGGAUGAUUUGAAAAACUAAUACAGUCGGUUCAGUUAGUUCUGUUGAGAGAGAUGCCCGAAUUCUUGAAUGAAUUCUGACACGUUUAUAUAUAGAUAAUUAAGGUGUUGUACAGUGUAAUGAGAUUAUGCUUCUCUCUUUAGGAUAUGCAUGGUGUUCAGAAUGAAGUGGUCCCACUAUGUGUGAUGGAUUUCUAUGUUCAUCAUACACAACAACGCCAUGGUUGUGGCAAGAAGUUGUUUGAACAUAUGCUUAAGGUAGUGAAUAUGUGGGUUCGUAUACAGUGGUUACUGUAUGUGUCUUUUAUUUUCAUAACUGGGGCUUGAUUCUUACUGCUUUAUAUACGUAUGUGUACUACAGUUUAGCAGUUAAAAUUCUGCCAAACAUCGCAGGUUUUCUCCGGUCCACCCCUGUAACUAUUAAACUAUAUCGAGCCAUCGGUUCUGUAGUAGAAUCGAAACACUGCACUCCUCGCAUGGAUAACAUUGAAGUCCUUGCAAAACUAUUUUAUGCACUUAAAAUUGAUAAAACUCACCUUGUCGGCAAAUCGUUUUAGUAGGCAGCGAAAAUAUUUGAGUGACUCCGAUUAAAAAAUAAUAGUUAUAGCAGGAAUUUUAAUAACCCUCCCCCCCCCCUGCUUAGCAGCUGAAAUGUUGUUGACAAAUGCGAUACUACACCCCCUGCUUUAGUCUCUUCGCUACAGCCCUGGGGAAAGUGCAUGACCAUUCAGGGGAGGUGCAAAAAUCUCAGGGGAGAUGAAAAACGAUCUUAGGGGAGGUGCGCACCUCCCCUCAAAAUCCGAUCCAAAUUGGUCAAAAUCAAGAGAAUAUAUCACGAUCUCCGGAAUGAAAUCUUGAGUCGCAUUUCACUACUAACAGUAGAUUUCCCCAAAGGUACUUAAUAUGCAUACCGUUAUAUAGAUUCACAAUCUUCAACCAUCCCAAGUUGCGAUUGAUCGUCCUUCGCAUAAAUUUCUUUCGUUUCUAAAGAAACAUUAUGGACUUCAGAAUUCCAUAUUACAGGUGGGAAAAAUAAAAUUUAAACAUCAGUAGGGAUGGCCUUUACUACUAGACCUGAAAGGGAGGACAGUUUAGAACUGAUAAUAUUGACUUAUUUUGUAUACUUUAUCUUCCUUAACAGUCCAACAAGUUUUUGGUGUUUGAUCAGUUUUUCCGAGAUAUGAAUGGUAAGUGAGGAUGGUAAAGGGUGCAUGUAAAAUAUACUACCCGACACUACCAUGUAAAAUUGUAAUUUAUUUAAGUUAAAACAUUAUUAGUUGGAGACUUUGAGCACUCAUCAUUCAUCAACAUUUUGUUAUCUGGAGCUUAAAAUGUUCCACGUAUACGUAACAAUGUGUGACUGCCAACUCUCAUUAGGGAGUUUAAGAUCUUGACGACGAACUACCGACUACGUUUGAAAUUGUUUUUGUUGUAUGUAUGCAAAUACUAAAUGCUUGUCAUAACAAAUUUAUCCCAAAUAUGUUUUAUGUGCAUGGCUUUGUGUUCGUUAAGUUUCAUCUUUUAAUUUUUAUCAUUUCUUUAUAAAAAUACUUUCCAACCUGCAGCGUAGUCCGUUUCGGUGCUAUGUUCUUGGAUUCUGUUUUGCAACACAAGAAUGUGAUUUUUACGCUGUAGUCAAGGUCGCUACGGUGAAAAGUAUGCUCUGGGGAAAUGUAAAUUUUGUCUGCCUUUGUUAAAGCAAUGCGAAAACAAGCCUUCAACCGUACUCCGGAUCUUAAACUCCCUGUUAACUCUCAUUGACCGGCUGGGCUUAAGUUGUUUAAUUAUCUAGCUUGUAGGCAUUUUAUAUGGGCUGUCGUUUGCUUUGCUUUUUGACAAACACCAAAACCGAUGGUCACUAGCGAUGUUCAAUUAAACUUAACAAAACCGACCAUCGAUCGCUAUUGUAAAGAAAAUUUGCAAAAGAUACUGUACUGGGAAAAAUUGAAAUUUCUCCUAGCUUUUCAGUAGAAAUUUUCUGACCUAAAACAGUAAAACUGGAACGGAGGUUGUUUCUGAUCGAGAUUAACAGCUAGCUCAAGUCAUUUAAUUUUCAGGUAUAAACCCAUUGCACUGACGUCACAAAUCCUUAGAGUGUCCUCCAGAUGCUCCCUAACAAUAUCUGUUCGGGUAUAACAACCACAUACAGCGCAAAAUCAACCAUUUUAAUACAAAAUUAUUAUAAAGUUUUACAAAAUUUGCUUUGUUUACAAAAGUUAUAUUAUGCAUAGAUUGCUAAUUUGUCCUCCAGAUGCAUCGUCACCGGCGCUGUGACGUCAUGUGCAAUGGGUCUAUACCACGGAUUCCAACGUCUAACGCACGUAUGUAAACUUAUGUAAUGCGCUUUUUAAAUUUUCAGCUGUGGGUUAUGUACCAAGACGAAGUCAGAGGUUACGGUCAGGCAAUCAAGUCAAUAACCGACCACCAGUUCACCCUUAUCGAAAAAACUCUGGUGAGAUACUUUAUUAUUUAACUGAAUUUUCAUAUCUAUACCAAUUGACCGAUUCGAAAACUAUAGCUGCUAUCACAAUUUUGCAUUAUUUUAUGUAUUACCAGGCUAAUAAGCAAUUUUUCAGCAAUGACUGCUAUUUAACUACCUCCUCCGUAGGCCUUUCAAAAAGUAAAAUUGGAACCUGCGAACGGGCAUACUCAUUACGGGCUGUAUGGCCUGCGAAGGGGGUAGGCUAUUUAAGGCAAAAUAUAAGAUUAAACAUAACUCAUACAUGCAACCAUUCCUCGUAUUAUUGCAAAGUUAAUGUACAUUGACAAAACAGACUCUAUUACCCCCCUCUCCCCCAAUUCAAUGUUGUAAACAACCCCGAAACAACUUUUGGUAAUUUACCAUGACACAAGCCCAACAUUUACUUGGGGGAGUGGGGGUUAACCCAUUGGGCGCCAGCACUGCCCCCUUGAUGAGUAAAAUCGUCUGGCAUUAGACUGAAAUAAUAAAGUGCAUGGAUUAAGAAGAUUUUACAUGGAAAGUAUCAUAAGGGGUAUGGGAAAUUUUUAUAAAAGGAAAGGUAGUCUCAACUAGUUAUGUCCAAGAAUAGUAUGGCACACAUCCAGGAUCAUGCAUGGCGUACUAUUACUCUUGCUGGCUCGCGUUAAAUGGAUGAGUAUUAGAGUUAUAUGUGUUCGUGUUGAUAUAACAAUUAUACGUGUUCGCGAAAUACACCCUUUCGAUAAUUACAUCACAACUACACUGUUUUCAACUUAGGACCAUCUUAAAUGGAAAGAAUUUCAAGUUUUUUUCUCAUGGGCUAUGCACAGAGAAGCAGAACAUCCUUCUUCAACACAUGCGCGAAAACAUUUUGGAUUUUGAUCAAUAAAUAUGGAAAUAAGCAUUAACACGAAAACGAAACUCCAGGUCAUGACCUGGAGCCUCGUUUUCGUGUUAAAGCUUAUUUCCACAUUUAUUGGUCAAAAUAAAGAAUUCUUUUUCAUGCAUGUGUUGAAGAAGGGUGCUCUGCUUCUCUGUCAAUAGCCCAUGAGAAAAAACUUGAAAUCCUUUCCAUUUAAGAUGGUCCUAAGUGUAGUGUAGUGUAGUGAAAACAGUGUAGUUGUGACGUAAUUAUCGAAAGGGUGUAUUGUAGCUAAUACCAGCUUUGUAUCAAAUCCCAACAGGUAGUAACGAAGAGCAACAGCUGUCAUCAUCACAACAACCACCUAGAAGACUCAGUACAAGACGUAGUUCAAGAAAAGAUCAACCGAUGGAUGUGGAUGAUGUUGACAGCAAUAGUCCAGUUCUUCCGGUUGUACCUGCACAGCCGUUCAGAGAACGGUCCGCUGAAAGUAUGAGAUCAGUUGGCAGUGCAGGAUCAAGGUAAGAGGCAGUUUACUAGUCCCAUUUAACAGCACGGCCAGAUUUUGAGUGGAGGUCUGGGGUACUAGUCCCAUUUAACAGCACGGCCAGAUUUUGAGUGGAGGUCUGGGAAGGUGCGCACCUCACCAAGAUCAUUGUCCACCUCCCCUGAGAUUUUUUCCACCUCCUCUGGAAAGUCAUGCACCUCCCCCUGGGAAACGUUAAAUGAUAGAUCAAAGUGAAAAUUUGAAAAAUCUUUAUAUGUUAUUUAGGGUCUACACUUUUAAAGAACUUUUUCUGUCAAAUUGAAACAGUGAUAGUCAUUUAUCUUUGUGUCAAGUACCCUUUUAAUGCAAUAUUUCGAAAGAAACCUUGUAUUGUAAUAUAAUGAAGGGCAAAAUUGGAUGAGUCAUAACACACAUACAUGUAUGUACAGUAGUACUGUGAGCUAGACCACUGCACCUUCCCUAAAGAUUUUUUCCAAUCAGCACACAUGCGAGUAUUUAAGGAAGAAUGUAGGCUGGGUAUAACUGUUACUUGUGUUUCGUAGAGAAUCGUCGGCACACGGUGCCAGAGGCCUGGCUGCUCAGGCCAGCCUGUACAGCAGACAUAGUUCUGCGGAUAUUGCAACUCCACGUCACAACUCGACAGCAAGUCAGCUUUGGAAGCGAAACGCGAUAUCAGCGGGAAUGAGGUCGCUACACGCAUGCUCAGAAGACAAUCCUUUUGCAAUCGGUCAAUCUUUUAUAAACAACAGGUAAAAUAAGAAUAUGACAUAUGGCUUAGACAAUGUUUAUUUUUAAAAUUACUUCGCCAAUGAACUCAUAAGAUGGGUCGUUUGUUAAGCACGUUAAAACAUUCGCAUCCGAUCUUUAUCUGAUAUACAAACUGUCGCCUUCGGCUCGAGUUUGUAUAUCUGAUAAAGAUCGACUGCUCAUGUUUUAACUAGUACAUAACCAGUUACAUUAAUCAAUCAAGAGGACGACGUGAUACACGUACUGACUUCAUAUUUUCUAGAUCACCGACUAAGGAAGCCAACUUGCUCGAGUUUGGGAACAGAAGGCCGAACACGAUCCAACUAAAGCCUCUGGGCAGCACAAGUCAAGGAAAAUCAAACAGUCUGUCAUCAACAGGAAGCUAUACACUGUCUUCAAUGCCAAUGCUAAGUUCGCAUACAAAACAGAACUCUACAAACCAUGGUACAUCCUGGAAUGUGUUUGGUAUCCCCCCUGUGGACACAAGUCCGAAGACUUCUUAUCAGGCUAAGCUGGGUCAGGGGAGAACGUUUCCAUUUUAG